AUGACUGUGUUUGAAAGAAACGUUAUACAUACAUCUGAUGGUUUAUCGAAGUACGGUAAAAAAGUGAAAGGAAAGGCAGCGGCGAUCGACGAAGAACUCGAGGAUUAUUACGCUGACUUGUUUCUGCAUUGUUUGACCUGUUUAUUAUGGUAUAUUCUUCCGCAAAACAGAAAUUUUUGUCUUUUUAAGGAUUACGACGCCGCAGGUCCAUCGAUGGCGGAUGAUCAGCUGACGCAUGUUCGUGAUUACGACGAUGUGUAUAAGGUGCCUGAUAACGCAGGAGGCCCAGGAUACAUCCCUCACAACAAUAUGAACGACCGUUGGUUGGACAAUUACACUCCGUUUAGGAAGGAUGACUGUGUUGUCUACCAGGGGUCUGCUUGUUCCGAAUACUUGAAAGGCAGAUCUAUAAAACUUGUCAAAGAGACUAGGGACGCUAUGUAUGAAAUUGACAAAGAAGUGUUUGCGGCCUAUUUAACUAUCAAAAGUAUGCCCAGGAUAUCUCCUGAGUGCAAGCGGUACUCGCACGCUAUCCUCUGUUUCCAUAAUUACCAAGUAUGCGAUCGAUCACUGGAUUCUUUACAUCUGAAAUCUAAGGAACCUGUUCGCGUUUGUCGAAGGGACUGUGAAAGGAUUCAGAACCAGUUAUGUCCAGAAGGAUUCAAAAUGGCAAAGGCAGCUAAUUUGGUCGGUGAAGAUAAGCAUUUUCCAAACUGUAGCGCCCUUCCGGAAUCAACGCAUAGUUGCCUCCCUGUUCUUGACUUGUCACAAGAGCAUAUAAGUGGUGUUCCUGAUGUAUCCAGCGGAUACUCGACGCAAUCCUGCUACCACGACAGUGGGAAGAAUUACACAGGGACUGCGGCAAGAACAAAAUCUGGAAAGAAAUGUAUACGUUGGGUCGACAACCCCGGGGGUUAUGUUGAGAAGUAUCCGGAAUUAAGGAUGAGCCAUAAUUACUGUCGUAACCCGGGUGGUGAAAAAGUCGCUCCUUGGUGUUAUUCAAGAUCGACUUUGGCUGAAGAAUACUGUGAUAUUCCAAAAUGCCCAGAGCGAAACGGCGAUGGUUCCAGUAGCGGUGACAACACUAUUUUUGGAAAUUUUUCCACAACGUGGUCUGGUUUAUCGUCGAAUUGGCAAUACGCUAUUAUGGCUGGAUUAGGGUCAUUUUUACUUCUGUUUCUUAUAUGCUGCUUAUACUUUUGUCGAAGGAAGAAAAAAAGUUCGUCAUCGUCUACAUCAAGCGCCAAGAAAAACGGUGUUUUACAGAGUUGCAAUGGUUCAAGCAUAGCGAAUAGGUCGGUAGCAGUUUCACAUUUUUAUCUGCCCAACGAUAUUUUAAGAGACUUUAGUCAAGUUAAUGGCAUGGUAGCGCCCGGUAACCAGAAUAGUGGUGCUUUUGAACUAUCUUCGCUACUUUCUGGUCAUACUAAUAAUGGAGGGUAUAUGCCGCAUCAACUACCAUCUUCGUAUGCUCAGUACAGUCCGCAGCCUUCUACAGAACCACCUGUUGAACCUUAUCAAAUUCCUGAAAUACAAACAAAUCAGCUUCAAAUAGGUAAGGCGAUAGCGGACGGCCAAUUUGGUGUUAUACACGCUGGUAGUUGGCUUGGCUCUUUGAUUAGCGGUGAACCAAUGCAGGUUGCUAUCAAAUCUCUGAAACCUGGUAGUAGUAAUUUGGAAAGACAGAACUUUGAGGAAGAAAUAAGAACGAUAGCACCGUUUGAGCAUCCAAACGUGAUUCGUCUUCUUGGUGUGUGUUAUUUUGACCAGUCACCUAGUGCAGUUUUUGAAUACAUGGUUCAUGGUGAUUUACAUGAAUUUCUCCUCCUUCGAGCGCCAAAAUUACCAGGAUUCGACGCUUCAUUAGAUCAGGAUAGAAUUAUUGCCGAUAAUGCAGACUUCAUUCACAUUGCAGUGCAGAUUGCUUACGGUAUGGAGUACUUAGCAAGCAUGAAUUAUGUACAUCGGGAUUUGGCCGCCAGGAACUGUAUGGUUGGUGGACAGAGGGGAAUAAAGAUUGCUGACUUUGGCUUGAUGAGGAAUUGCUAUGAGAAAGACUAUUAUAAGAUGGCACAUCGGGCUUGGAUGCCAAUUCGUUGGAUGUCAAAUGAGGCAAUCCAGCAAGGUCGCUACAGCGAAGCCAGUGAUGUGUGGUCAUUUGGGGUGACACUGUGGGAGAUUUACUCGUAUGGGAAGCAGCCUUAUGAAGGCUAUGCUAAUCAUGAAGUAAUUAACAUGAUCUCCACCAGAAACCUUCUGGAAUGUCCUCAGAAUUGCCCAACAAACAUUUAUAGUUUGAUGGUUGAAUGUUGGCAUGAACAUUCUGAACGACGGCCUACGUUCUCAGAGUUGCAUUCUCGACUUCAUACAUGGUCUUUAACUAGUCCAGCUCAGUCGGUUCUUACGCAUCAGAUGAACAAUCGAGCGAGCAGUUCUCAUUCGGGUUCGAGCGGCGCACCUCGAGGCAGUAGGCAGUCGUCGCAAAGUGCCAGUUUACUGCGUGGUCCGACUACAGCAACUGCUUCAGUUGGUACAGGACCAAGUCUAAGUACAACAGCUUUUUCAGUGCCUUCACCAGCACCCAUGCAAACCAUGGUAACAUUGAAUGGUGUGCACCCUUAUCACGGUUCUCAGCCAAAUGCAGGUUUUAUAAAUGGUCCAUCACAUCUUGCUCGGUCUUCAAAAUCACGCAGUAAAAAUGAACCAGCACAUUUGUUGCGGCGAGAUGGCUCAAAUCAGUAUUCAGACGACGACGUUGUGAGUGACGAUUCGCAAAGCAGUUGA